AUGGAAGACUUUAAUAUUGAGGUUUUCGCCUGCAGCAUCAAACCCGAGACAGUAACAGAAUUCGUGACCAAUCAUGAGCUCAGCACCCGGGAGACCACAUAUUUCAAUGUCCACAAAAGAGCCCCGGACGUCUUAUCCACCCCAAACCUACUCGAUAUCAUGGAACGCGCCAGCUCGGCCUGCAUGGAGGCCAACUUCGAAUGGACAAGCUGCGCUAUUUCCGUCCCAUUCAAAUUCGAAAUCGCACAUUCCGCGCCUGUCCCCCCAAAGACAACAGUCACCGCGACCGCACACUACCAAGGUCGCGAGAACAAAGCCUUCAGGUUUCUCGUAACCGCUUACGAUGAUACAGGCGAGAUCGCUAAGGGGACGUUCUGCCGCUCGAUUGUGUGUAAGGAAAAUCUCGAGAAUGAGGCAUUACUACGGCAAAAAUCCCCCGCGGGGAAGAUAUAUGCACGAAAUUCAGAAUUAGAGUGUGUUUUAAAAACCCACGAGGGAUCACUGUCAACCCUUCUGCAAUCUCCCAAAACUGGCGACCCUGAAAGGGACUGUAUAAUGUGUUAUCCAUUUCGAAAACACUGGAGGGGAGAUAGUCUUCCUCAUAACAGCGUCUCUCGCGGCUUUCAUCACGCGGCUCACCAUGGAUCGGCAAAGCUUGUCAAGCUGUGGCUAAAUAGCGGCAUCGAUGUUAGCUCGUACUUGAGCACUGGGUUAUACGCUGCGGUUGAAGGAGGACAACCCGAAGUGAUGCAGUUAUUAAUGGAUAGGGGUGCCGAUCCCUUAACAUGGCACACUAGGGGAGUUGGCCACGAGAAUUUACUUCAUAUUGCCGCACGGGGUACGAACGACGAGGUCGUUUCGUUGCUACUACAGAAGGGACUUGACCCGAAUAUUACUGAUCGAGAGUAUUACUGGAGCGCGCUUCACUUCGCUAUUCAUCAAGGUAGGUCGUUGAGUAAGGUGAAGUUGUUAAUUGAUGCCGGUGCAAAUCCCAACACAAGAGAGGAUGAAGGGUGUACAAGUCUCCAUUUUGCGGUGGAGAGAGGUGAUAUUGAGAUGGUCCAAUUUCUGAUCGACAAGGGUGCAGAUAUGGAGGUAACAGCUGCCAGGGAUACUCCUCUAAUGAUGGCUGUUCGACUAGGGGAUACGGAAGUAGUAAAGAAGUUGCUUGCCAACGGCUGCAGUCCAUACCUUGGCAAUGGGCGUUGUUCUGCGCAUGAGUGGCUUGCAGGUCAACCUGUGCCUGACUUGACCGGACCUGCACGUUGUCUACGACCAUAA